AUGUCAAUAGCAAAGAGGGCCAUACCUGAUGCUACAUCGAUCGAAGAGGCGAACCAAAUCGUCCGCGGGAACUGGCUGAAUGUAAUUGAGGAGCAUCAUCUCAAAUACUCGGGGAACUGUCAGGUAAAUGACAUCUUGGACAUUGGCUGCUCUGUUGGAGUAAGCACCAGAUACCUCGCCGAGAAGUUCCCUUCAGCUCAAGCUGUUGGGCUCGACCUAUCACCAUACUUUCUUGCUGUGGCGGCACAAAAGGAACAAAACUUGUUACGGCCAAACCCUGUUCAUUGGGUUCAUGCGAAUGGUGAAGCGACUGGGCUGCCCUCUGAUUCAUUUGACCUUGUUUCCCUUGCUUAUGUGUGCCAUGAGUGCCCAGCACGAGCAAUAACCGGAUUGGUGAAGGAAGCAUUCAGGGUCCUUCGCCCAGGAGGAACAAUCGCCUUAACAGACAAUUCGCCAAAAUCCAAAGUACUUCAGGAACUAUCCCCAGUUUUGUUCACUCUGAUGAAGAGUACCGAGCCUUUCCUUGACGAGUACUACAUGCUGGAUUUGGAGGAGACAAUGAGAACAGUCGGCAUUGUUAACGUUUGCUCCAUCCUGACAGACCCCAGGCACAGAACAGUCACUGCAACCGUGCCUUACUAA